AUGAUGACACUGGUCCGCCUACUGCCUUCGUCAUCAGAGGCUAGGUUUGAGGUGCUGAGAGAAGUGGAUAUUUUUAUCCCGCCUAUCAAAGUUGCCGGUGCUGUAUGUGCGUUGGAAGAAGGUGAUGUAACCAUUGCCAUGGUAACCUCUCUACUUUUCACCUCUUUUGGUGUAGUCACCUCACUUAUGGGUGUUGAUGUAAGUGUUGGGCAUCGUCCUAGUGGUUGGCAGUAG